AUGUCAAAGCAAAAGAAAGCACCAGCUGCUAAAAGCAACGAUGCAGAGCAAAUAAUAUUGGGAUACUUGAGAGAACACAAUCGUCCUUAUAGUGCCAAAUUACUUGAAAUGGAUGCAGAAAUUGAAGAUCUUAGAAAGGAAAUAAAUGAAUUCAAAGAAAAGAAUCAUAAAUUACAAUCAGUGUUCAAUGGAUUAUGUAAAUCUUUAUCUAAUAAACAAUUUGACGAAAGAAUUUCAACUGUAAAAAAAGAGAAUCAAAAUUAUAGUGAAAGACUACAAGAAUUGCAAUCAGGCAUAGCACAAAUAUCCGAAGAAGAAAAGAAAAAAAUUGAAGAUGAAUAUGAAAAAAAUCUUAAAUUUUGGAGACAAAGAAAAAGAAUGUUUUAUGAUAUGUUUAAUGUGAUUUUAGAAGCUACAGAAAAAAAGAAAACAGAUUUUAUGGAAGAACUGGAUAUUGAAAUAGACUUGAUUGGUGAAGAUUCUUUGAAGGCUUUGUAA